GCAAAAUGUAUGUGGCCGAUCUUUCUUCUAAAUAAACUAGCUCGUGUGUAGCUACAUCCUGAAUGCAUAGCAAAAACAAAUACUUCAGUUACUAUUACGACAGUACUGCUGGUGAUUCCGCUGCCGUCGUGCAUAUCGUCUUGCCAGUUGAAAAAUGCCGUCCAACUGGAAAGGAUCCUGGACGUUUGCUGUAGCCGCAGUAGCGACCUUGUUUAUGCUGGAUGCUGUUGGUUUUGCACAGGCGAAGAACUUCGAAGAUGUUCGCUGCAAGUGCAUCUGCCCGCCAUACAGAAACAUCACCGGCCAUAUAUAUAACAGAAAUGUCUCUCAGAAGGAUUGUAACUGCCUCCAUGUAGUGGAGCCCAUGCCGGUGCCUGGCCAUGAUGUGGAAGCUUACUGUCUCUUGUGUGAGUGCAAGUAUGAGGAACGGAGUAGCAACACCAUCAAGGUAACCAUCAUCAUUUACCUGUCUGUUGUGGGUGCACUGCUGCUCUACAUGCUGUUCCUGCUACUGGUAGAUCCUCUUAUUCGCAAACAUGACCCCUAUACCCAGCCACUACACAAUGAGGAGGACUCUGAGGAGAUGCGUCCGCAGGUGGACAACGCCCAGGCCAGAGGAAACACAGUGCUGGAGCGGGUUGAGGGAGCGCAGCAGCGCUGGAAAAAGCAGGUCCAGGAACAGCGCAAGACUGUUUUUGACCGCCACAAGAUGCUUAGUUAAACCCUACAGCUGACCUCAAACCAGGUUUAGAGUAGGAAACUUCACUGGGAUCAGCCCUAUUAUACAAUCACCAGCUCGAUCAUUACUAACUUCUUUGUCAUUGCUGUGCACUGCACCCUCUGAAUAAGUAUUUCCUCACUCAGAAACAUUUAAACACACAAGCAGAUAUUUUCUAUUAUAUGUAACACUUAAGGCUCAGUUGCAGUUGUGAAAAAAACUGCAUGUUUUCGCACUCUUAACAGCUAGAAAUGAUCUCGAUCACUUCAACAAGUUGCAAUGCAACAGAUUUUGAAUUUCUUGAUAAAGUAAGAAUAUUUUUCGUCUGUUUAGCCAGACUGUGAAUAGCUUUUAAGCUUCCUCGUGAUAACUUUUCAUGUUGUAUACUUGCUAAUUUGGUAUGAUAUUAAGCUGUUUUUCUUAUAGCAUAAUUUACCUCAGAACAGGUAAACUUUAUGUAAUGUGAAUGGUCAAUUUAGCUAUUUGGGUAGAAAGAACACCUUACCUGUGCUACUGACAAGCAUUGCACUUUUCCCAGUUUAGGUCUAAUAAUAAUUUAUUUAUAAUUAUUAUUAUUACUAUAAUUUAUUUGUCCCCCUUUGCUGUGCAUAGUGACCUGGGCAUAUUUAGUAUCAACAGAUUUGGCCGUUGAAUUUUAAAUCGUUGAAAUUGCUACCCUCUAAGAUGGCCCCAAUAUGUGCCUUUUUCUUUUUCUCUCUGUGUGCGUGAAUGUGUUACAGCAAACCCCAGUGCAAAACUUGGCUCUAAAAUGUUAGUUAUUCACAUCUUUAAGAAAACUUAAAAGAUGGGAAGGUGUGCCAAUACAUUUUGGUUGGUAUAUCAUCCUCCACAGUAGCAGCUGUAUAAACUAAAUAUUUUAUCUUGAAUUUACCAGUGGAACCUGAUUGGUAAACAGUUUGUUCAACAAGGGAGACGCACGGCCACAUUUUUGUCCUGUGUUUUGCAGUCGAGUUUGAUGGAAUAUAAUUUCCCUUGAGAGAGAGAGAGAGAAAUGGAGAACAGGGCAUUUAACAGAGCUUCAAAGCCAUCCUCAGUCGAAUCAAAUCUCUGCCACUGGAGAUUGUCCUAAAUCAGUAAAUCUGCAGAUAAUGCAGUUAAGUGUGGCAGAAUCACGGUGCCUCAUGGCUUUGAAUGGUCCUCCGGCAUCAUUAUGUGUCAGUGAAUUCCCCGUUGUGCUACUGAAACUCCCUGUUGGGGAAUUUUUAAUACAACAAGGAAAGGCACACUGACUCACAUUACCUCAUGCACAAUGUGAACUACUGAUGUUAAUUUGUCUCAAAUGGUUUGUUUUAUCACUGAAGUGUUUUUGAUUGAUUUACAUAUAAUUUCAUAUCACUGGUAUCAGUGUAUUUAUAUAGUUAUCUCCAGCCUAACUGGAAGAUGGCACUCCUCAUGUCUGUACAUUUUGCUUGAUGUGAAAUAAAAUAAAAAAAAUACUUACUUAAUUGUAA